GGAGCACAGAGGUAGAUGGGGAGGAGAAUGUUCAUCCGGGAAACACGACUGACCCUCUCAACGUGACCCUUUAAAAUCGCAAAUAUGGCGGAGCCCUCCUGUGGGGAUUCGAGUCCAGGAGUCUCGACCGGAUCGGACAACAUAGAUUUCGAUCCUUCACCUGAUAUGUUAGUCCAUGAUUACGACGAUGAAAGGACACUUGAGGAGGAGGAGAUGAUGGAGGAGGGAGAGACCAACUUUAGGAAUGAGAUAGAGGACCUGGCCAGGGAGGGAGAAAUGCCCAUUCAAGAGCUCUUAAAUCUCUAUGGUUAUGGGAAUGCUGUCUCCCUGGAAGAAGAGGAUGAGGAAGAAGAAGAAGAUGAGGAGGAGGAGGAGGAAGAUCCUGAAGAUGAAGAUGACGAUGAAGCAGAAGAUAUUGUUAAUGAUGAGAGCAGUAGAGGUGCUGCAGAACCGAAAAGGAAUAAGGAGGAGAGAAACAUGUCUGCAGGUCAAGUUGAGGAGUACGGACCCUCCACUGAUGGCUGCACUCAUUCUAUCAAAUCUCAUGGGACUGCAGAACUCAUUCGCCCUCAGAAGUUCUUUGAAAGUAAUGAAGUUGAAGAAGAAUCGGAAGAUGACGAAGAUUAUAUUCCUUCUGAGGACUGGAAGAAGGAAAUAAUGGUUGGCUCCAUGUAUCAAGCUGAAACGCCGUCAGGAUUGUGUAAAUAUAAAGAUAAUGAAAAAGUGUAUGAAAAUGAUGAUCAGCUACUGUGGAACCCUGAAUUUCUUCUGGAAAACAAAGUUGUAGAGUUUUUAUCCGAGGCUUCAAGACGGACAGGAGAGGAGAGGGGUGUGGAUGCCAUUCCUGAAGGAGCACAUAUCAAAGAUAAUGAGCAGGCCCUGUAUGAGUUGGUGAAGUGUGAUUUUGACCCUGAUGAAGCCCUCAGAAGACUAAGGUUUAAUGUGAAAGCUGCAAGAGAAGAGUUGUCUGUCUGGACAGAGGAAGAGUGUAGAAACUUUGAACAGGGCUUGAAAGCCUAUGGGAAAGAUUUCCAUUUAAUACAAGCCAACAAGGUGAGAACGAGGUCCGUAGGUGAAUGUGUGGCCUUUUACUACAUGUGGAAGAAGUCUGAGCGGUACGAUUUCUUUGCACAGCAAACUCGACUCGGCAAGAGGAAAUAUAAUCUUCACCCCGGCGUGACGGAUUACAUGGACCGUCUGCUGGACGAGACGGAGAGCGCUUCCUCCAGCAGGGCCGCCUCGCCGCCCCCCACCGCCUCCAGCAGCAGCACCAGCCACUCGGAGCGGGACGACGGGCUCAACCACAACGGCGUGAGCAGUGUUGGAGCUGGAACGUACCCGUCUGUGCAGCUCCUGGGUGUUGGGAGUGAGGUCAAGAGCGAAGGUCCGGUCCAGUCGAACGGCCCUGCCCACAUGCACGCCUCGUCGGCCCAGGAUUCCAACGGCUGCGACCCCUCUGAGAUGCCCAGCUCCAAUGGCAACGGGGCGGUGGGGCUCCAGAAUGACUGCCAGGUGUAUGAGCCACUUGCCAAGAAGUGCCGGACUGAUGGCGAACCUCUGGCUGAGCUGGAGGCCUCCCGGGCAAAGGAGGACUGAAGCAGCACACACACACACACACACACGCGCACACACACCAAAUCCCAGACCAAAUUCAGAGCCAAGAUGGCAGGCAGCACUCUGAUUGUACCCAGCACAGUGGCCUCCCUCAAACUCUGCCCCCAACCCAACCCAACCCAACCCAACCCCCAAACGUAAAGCAAAAGAGUGGAGAGGACAGAGGGCAGCUCACAUCACUCCCGUUUGUUUAUAUCAUUCAGACCCUAUCUUCCAGGGACUCUCCACACAGGAUGGAAGGAAAAACAAAAAACUUUUUUUUCUCUGUUUGUAUGGAAAAUUGUCUGUAAUAUUUUUAUAACUAUAUAUAAAUAUAUAUCUAUAUAUAUGUAUAUAUAUAUACAUAUAUAUAAUUUAUAUUUUCUAUAAAAGUAUAAGUGGUUCACUUGCUGUCAAAGCCAUUUUAAGUUGGGAGGGGGAGUGGGAGUGACAUUUGUGAGGUUAACUUGACUCUGCUACUGAGGUCUAACUGUGGAGAGUUCAGGCACAUGAAGAUGCACUUUUAUUCUUUUGGUGUUCAUAUUCGGAAUGAAAUGGGUGAGAUCAUGUUAUUGAACACAUUUAUGGUAGUUUAUAUAUAUAAAAAAAUAACUUAAAGAGACUUAGACCUGCAACCCAUUAUGUUUUUAAAUAAGCCAGCAGGGGUAUCCCUAAGGUUUGUUAGGCAGUAUUUGACAUCAGUGAUGUCUCUUAUCAAAACACAAUAGUCAGCACACUAGCUCUAUUUUUUAAUAUUCCUAGCUUUCUCUGGCUUUUUCUUAACACUUGUUUCUUUGUGUUAGAAAAGCAUGUAUAACAUGUACUUGACAUGUAAAGUUUGUAUAGAUUUCUUAACUUGUACAGAUCUUUUUGGGGUUUUUUUUGAUAACCACACUGUAAAUCUGUCUUUGUUCAUUGUCUUUUGUUGAAAUGCCCGCAAAACCCAUCAUCAAGAAAGGACAUAUUCAACUGGAUCUUAACAUAUGAGAUAUUUCCUCAGUGAAACAGACGGCUGAAUGUUGGACAUUUCCAAGCUGCAAAUGACUGUAUUGCAGUGGCGUAUGCCUCGUGGGCCUUACUGGUCUGAGCUUUUCUUGCAGUUACAUUGUUGACCAAAUUAAGGAUAGAUAGACCUGGUGUAAAGAUGAUCAUUACUCCUACUGAUUUAAUGCUGGAAUCUGAACUGGUUUCCUCAAAGCUUGUUGUGUGAAUACUACUUCAUGCAUGACUUGCUUUGUUGUUGUUCUUUGUCUGUUGUGAAGCUGAUUUAGGAGUACUAAACUGUCAGCAAUACUGCUACAUGAAAUUAUAUUUGAGAGUUGAACAAGAAACUAAACACAUUUUAAACAAAAUUCUCAGAUUCUAGUGUUAAAUAAUUUGUUGUACAGCCAGCUCUGCUUUCCUCUGCUGUAAAUGUCCAAGUUCAAUUUAAUUUCUCCAUGUUGACAUCAGUAAUGUACUGUAUUUUUUUCUUGGAUUUUACCAUUUAUCAUAUUAAUAAAAAAAGGUUUUCCAGGAAGGUCA